AUGCCGUACUAUUUUUGUAUUGUCGGCACGCGCGAUAAUCUGCUGUACGAGGUGGACCUCACCAUGCGGCCACCUGCUGCGCCUGCAGGUUCCAGCACGCCAGGUAGCGCACCAGCGGCAGAAAUGCCUUCAGGCGAUUCCGCGCGUCCGUCUAGCAUUUUUGGGUUCAGCAAUGCGCUCGGCGCACUGACUGGUAGUUUUGGCAACACACGCCCAGGCACGCACAUGCCCACUUUUGACACGCCCAUGGAUGAAGCGAGUGCAGCUACAUCGGCGCAGGUGGGCGAUCAUUAUAUGCUGCAGAUGAUUGCGCAUGGAUCCUUGGAUAUUUUAGAGGACAAGCAGUUUUUGGACAAUGCAGUCUACCUAAAACAACUGGACAAAAUAAGCGACUGGAAUGUGUCGGCAUUUCUCGUGCCGGGAAACGCAAAGUUUAUUGUGCUGCACGAGCACAUGCAUGAGGACGGCAUCCGCAACUUUCUGAUGGAUGUAUGGGAAUUAUGGGUCAAGGCAUCCAUGAACCCUUUCCGGCAGCCAAACGACCCGAUCACGUCCCCUAGCUUCGACCAGAAAAUCCGCGCGAGCGCACGGAAGCAUUUGUAG